AGGAAGUUGAGCCGGAGUCCUCUGCCUGCGAAGCUGCCUCCUUGCCGGCGGCAGGGGACGGGGAAGCACGGCGCGCAAGCACGCGGCCUGCCCGAACUAACUUUCUGCGGAGCAAAGCGGUGUCUCGGUCUCACUUCCUGGAGAGAGCACGAAAGAAAGGCGGCAGCAGGAGGAGAGGACAAGGUAGGCGAGCGGGGAAGUGGCCAAGCCGUGGCACGAGUCCGCGGAGUGAAUUUGGACUUGCAUCCUUGGACAGUCGCGGUCAAGUGGCAGACUCGCAAGCUCAGCUUUGCGCUCUGGAAGAAGGAAUCGAGCUGGGGCACGAAGGUCUGUCUUGUUUUCUAAGACCACGGGUGAUGUUAUGUCCAACCUGCUUGCAACCUGCCAAACCAUCCAAAAUAAAUAAAGGUCCUCUUUUCGAUUGAGCUAGAAGGUGCAACGAUACGAAGCACAACAUCAGAUCUCAGGAGAAGAUGACAGAGGAAAGCAAGGAGACUGCUCCAAAGGACUUCCCGGAUGGAGAGGAGCUGACUCUUCAGCAUUCACACAGUGAGAAUAUCCUUUCCAGAACUGAACAAAAUGAAACUGAAGAAGAAAAAGUGUGUUCUUUGCUGGAAAGGCACUCAGAUGCUCAUGGGAUUGCAGAGACAGAAGCCAGUGUCCCUGCAGGAUGCAAGACGGACCUUUCUCAAGGUUCAGCUGCCUUACUUGACAGUUCUGUAGGCAAAGAUGCGGUGAAUUCCCCUGAUGCAAAGAGUGAAUGUUUGACCCAAGAAUCCCUGCUGGCUUCUGGAGGGGAGGAGAAAAAUAGCUCACCCACGACCAUCCUAGAAGAACAAGCAAGAAGCUCAGCAGGUCAGCAAAGCCAACACUCAUUGAUCUAUCCAGAGAUUGUCUCUCCAGGAUUCAAGGUGGAACUUCCGCAGAGUUCAGCUGCCUUACCUGGCAGUUCUAUUGGCAAAGAUGCGGUGGAUUCCCCUAAUGCAAAGAGUGAAUGUUUGACCCAAGAUUCCCUGCUGGCUUCUGGAGGGGAGGAGAAAAAUAGCUCACCCAAGACCAUCCUAGAAGAACAAACAGAAGGCUCAGAGAGCCUGCAAAGCCAAGCCUUAUUGGACUAUCCUGAAGAAACAAAAGAGGAACUGAUUGAAAAAGAAGAGAAAGCAUUGGUUCAAAAGCCUGAAGACUCAGAGAGGAAGAGAUCCUGGAGUGAAGCAGUUCUCCUAUCUUACCUCCUAGCUGGAAAAGGACACACAAUACACCAAGCAGAGACUGAACUCUGCUCAGAAGGGACGAGUCGGUGCCUUUCACAAGGAGAAAAUAAUCAGAGCACAGGGCAGCGGAAGAAUUCUCAGCCGACUCCUCGAGGCUUACCCUGGUCUGGAAUCGCUGUGGGAGUUCUGGUGCUCCUCGGUGCAGCCUUUUUAAGCAGCAACGGCUACUAUACUUCCCAACUCGCAAGCAUGCCAAGAAAUCCCAUCGUGGAAACCUUCCUCUCCAGGUUUGAUCUCCUGAAGGACAGCUUUCCAGGGCAGAGCCCUUAUCUAUGGGGAAGGGUUCAGAAAGUCCUGAAGAAACACCUCAGCGCCUCUCAUCAUACUGAACCAGCCAUCUUCAUCUUGACGGCUGCCCGGGAGGCCGAAGUGACCUUGAAGUGCCUGAGCAUCCAGAUUGCGAAUGCGUAUUCGGCUUCCCUCCAGAGCAGCACGGUCCAGGUGGACGGAGUGUCGAAAUCCACUCUGAACAGUGACCAGGCCAAGCUGGCCAUGGACGAGGAGCUGAGCGCCGGCUUCCAGGCAGGAAGGAAGGCGGCCACGGUGCAUCGCUUCGAAUCCCUCCCCGCGGGCUCCACCCUCAUCUUUUACAAGUACUGCGACCAUCAGAGUGCAGCCUUCAAAGAUGUGGCUCUGAUCUUCACCGUUUUGCUGGAGGAUGAGAAACUGGAGCCCAACAUUGGCUUGCAGCUCGUGGAAGAGAAUGUGCGGGAUUUCCUCUGGGCAAAGUUCACCAACUCCGCUACGCCCAGUUCCUACGACCACAUGGACACAGACAAGUUGAGUGGGCUGUGGAGCCGCAUAUCCCAUGUGGUGCUGCCUGUCUCCCCCGUGCAAGCGAUCGAAGACCAGGGAUGCCUUUGGCAAACCCAGCCGAGGAGUGACGGAGGCGGCCUUUGAGGAAAAGCAAAGGAAAAGCUCUGCGGGAUUUGCACCAAUUCAAAGAUAAGCAGCAGUCCUGGGAGCAAACUGAUCAGUUCCUCAUUCUGAUGUUGGCUUUGGGUGUGACUCCUUUGGCAGCAUGUACACUAGUCAUGGGUAGUUUGUGAGGCUGAUCAGCAUUUGCGGCACAACCUGGGCACUGUUUUUUUUUUUAAUUAGGAUGCAGAAAAGAGGGCAGCACUCUCCUCUUGCACAUGGAGGAAAACGGAAAGGAGACAGAAGCACAGAAAUGCCCUUUUAAACAUUAGCAUUACACCGAUGCGAAUUCCCAUGUGGAGGUGGAUGAAAUCCUUAUGGACAAAGCACCUUACAGAACACUCGAGAGAUUCCAGAUGCUUACAUUAACGCCUCAGAGAGAACCAAGCGUCGCCGCUGUACCAGCUGUGGCGUCUUGGAGCCUGUUUGCACAGCGAGGUCCGGCAUAACCUCCAUCGGCUUUCCCUGCUUUGCUGCUUCACUGGAAACACUACAGAAUACUGCAGUUUGUUCAGCUUAGGUCAGCCCAAAGGCUGUUCCCAUGUGCUGUACUAAGAGGUAGGACAGCAGCUCAGGGUAUGUGGGAUUUGUGUGAAUGGAAUGCGUUGAAUUAGCAAAAACGCUUCAGGGUCAUGCAGCCUCCGUGUCUUCGCGGUAGGAAGCUGAGUAAGUCAGAGCACUUCUCUGUUAGUAAGGAAUGGUGCCACAGGAGUAAAUGUUUUGGGGUAAACAGGAAAUGGGUAGGUGUAGGAUAACCUAGAGGCGAUAAUGCUCCGGUCCUUUUUGCAGAUUAUUUGGAUGCAAGUCAGGUAGGUAGCACCUUGCGGAUCCCACAGGACAGAUAUUGACCUCCAAGUUCAGACAUGGCGUGGAGAAUCGCAGGCCCCAUUCAGCCUGCUGGGGGGCAGUCUCCUUCUCUGGGGUGCACAGACAACCAUGUUCCUUCACCCACCAAUCAUUGGGUGGGUUCUUAGACUGUGCAGCGCUUUUCCACAUUCUGAAAAGCUAAGUGACUGACCAUAAGAGCUUCAGGGUGCGAUCCUGUGCAUAUUUAGACACAAAAAGCGUAACCCGGCAAAACCCAGCCAGGGAAUUGUCGGCCUUGCCUUCUGCCGAAGCUUGCGUCAGAUUGCACGUUUAAGCUCCAGUUUGGCACUUUGCUUUUGGUUUCAGCUGCCACUGGAAUGCAGCUCUUGAGAGCAGUCUCCAAAAUUGCCCUGGGCCCUCCACCUGCACCAGGUAUCUCUCUCCUACACCCCCCCCCCCCCCGCAGGACCACUACAUCCUCUGCGGAAAGUUAAGAAGCAAAGCCAGGCUGAAUGUGGGAUGGCAAGUCAGGAAGCAGUCAAGGGAAAAUAAUAGUUGUAGGUAGGCAUCAUGCUCAAAUAAUAAUAAAAAACAGCAGCUGGACUGUGCCAUAGAGAAGAAUUUUCCUGGGAGAAUCUGCUGCAAGGUGGACCCUGACUAACUUAUGCCAAACGAAUGUCUCAUUUUGCAUUCUAAUCAAUAUUUGCAUUUUCCCCUGCGAAUUUCUUAGCCUUCUGAGCCCCGUUUUUAAGUGGGAGACAGCCACACCUACCCUUCUCACAUUGCGACGAUUCUGUUGCAUUUCACUCCUGCCUUGGCAUCGUUAUAUUUCUGCACUGCUUGCACCUACAGUGUGAUCCUGUGUCGGUCUCCUUAGAAGUAAGCUGCCGUGGGACUUAGUGCAGGAUCGCAGUGCUGGGUUCGUCCUGCUGUUCCCCCUGCUUGUCCCCCAAGGAACGCUGUGCUUGAGCAGGAUGAAACUCAGCCAGCUGCCCUGUCCCCUCCUGCAUUAGACGGUGAUUCACAAGAAACAGGAAUAAGCAAAGAUCACUGGAGUUCAGCUUGCUGCUUCAGAGUGCCCUGAAUCCAGCCAAGUCAUGCCUCUGGCCCAAAAUGCUCAGCAAGGCAAGUUGUUCUUGCUGCGUUGCAUUUAUACCCCACCUCUUUCCCUCUUGUAAGGAAUACAAGGUGGCUUAUAUAGCUCCAUUUUAUCCUCAUUGCAACAACGCUGUGAGGUAGGCUCGGAUGGAGGGAGUGACUGGACCAACGUCUCCAGUGAGCUUCAUGGCCGAGUGGUGAUUCGAACCCGGAUCUCCUGGGUCCAUGCAGCAAGAAGCUUCACCAACUCGUUUGGGCAACCUUUGGGCAGCUAAAGCUACAAGAACAGGCCAGGUUAAGGACUGAGUCUAGUUACCACACUGAGUGAAUAACAAGGUAAUUAAAUUAGGUUUGCAAUUUCAGAGUGACACUAAAAAUCUGUGCAAGUACAGAAAAGGCACUUUUAAAUAUAAAAGUCUUCCUUUUUUGGUCAAGUAACCAAAUGUAGGGAUGCUAAGGUGAUAAAGGUAUAGGGCUUCAGUUCCAGGAACUCUUGCACAGCCCAGAACUUCCUCUGGAGGGCUGUGGGAACUCCCGGGAUGGGGACGACACUCAUGUUUAAGCUUGUAAGUGGUGGUGGUGGUGGUGGUGGUGGUAAUUUAAAUGGAAACAAAGGAUACAGCUUUGCUUGGCAGAAACGUGUGAGUGUUAUUUCUGAUUUUGUAGCUAUCGGCCACUUGUGCCUUGGACAUGUCAGCACAGAAUGCUCUGCUUUCCCUCACCUGCGACAAGGGGGCAGCACCUGUCCAGCUACUGUGGACGUUUUCCAUGAGCUAUUUCAAAUAACACCUUCCUCUUUCUGUAAAGGGAGUUUCUGUAAAACCACAACUGAUAAAUUUUAAGAAUCUUUUAUAUCAGUUUCAUAAUAAAUCCACUGUUUUUGCUGUG